AUGUCAUCCCGAGAAUAUCCGAAAGUAUGGAGUGAAUUCGAGAGGCAGGUGGAGGACGGCCGUAUAUUGAAUUUUGUGACCAAAGAUAUUCCUGAAGACAUGUGGAAAACGGCAGUAGAAUUUAUGUUGGGAAGCUAUAUAAAGGAAGAUGUCUGGUGGAUGACUGCUGGCACUGCAGAGGAUCCGGAGGCAAUACAAGAAUACCGCGUGUUGUUGACGUCGAUCAUUGAGCAGAAAAUGAGCUUAGCAUGCUUCCUUACUGAACAGAACGGCACGGGUCACACGCUCGUUGGAGUCAACAUGUGCAUGCCCCAGGAAAAGGAUCGCUUCGUUGAACACAUUCCGCCAAAAUCCAACGCAGGAAUGCUGUCGCUGCGCAUGUUUUCAGAGGCGACAAAAUUUACCGAGAUAUAUGACAAGUAUAACGUGACCAACUAUCUCAUGGGGGCAGGACUUUCCGUAGCACCGGCGUACAGAGGCUUGGGAAUCGCCGUUGAGUUACUUAAAGCCAGGAAGACACUGGCUAAAGAACUUGGAUUUCGUGUCACUGGCGGUAUCUUUACUAGUGUAUCAUCGCAAAAAUCUGCCGAAAAAGCGGGCAUGGAAUGUUUAUUUAAGAUUUCUUAUAAACAAUUCGGAGAGCGAUGUGAAAUUGAAUUUAAUUCCGACACCGAAGAUUUGAAGAUAUUUGGGACAAACGUUGAA